CAACGCACUGGCAUUUAAAUCUGCUGCAGUGGGAAGAAGCCCUUGGAAGCAUAUCACCGAGGGAAAGUCUGCUCUACUGGAGGAUUUGGCAAUUGUUUCAUGUCUCUUUCCAAAUAGCAACACUGUAUCUCUUAUUUUGUUGCAUUAUUCAAGAAGAGGAUUCAUUGUAUCGUCUAGCGGCGCGCGCGUUUAUUUCAUUAGCGCUUGAAUGAAAGGCUGCGUGUCUGGCCAUGUUUGCACCUCACUGAGCAUAUAAAACGUCUAAUGCAUUUUAUUUUGAUUUAGUUCGUGCAUUUUGCGUCGUGGAUGAUCUAAAAGCACGACAACAGUUUCAAUGAAGAUAAUGUCCUUGUAAUAUUUGGACUAGAAUAUAAAUACAACGACGUCAGAGGUAUCGUUUUCGCACCGCCAGUCUCAUUCAUUUGAAAACACUACAGUCGUUCUGCGUAUAAGGUCGAGUAUACUCAGAGCUCAUCAUGUUCAGCUGGCUGGGUACCGAUGACAGGAGAAAGAAAGAUCCAGAGGUCUUUCAGACUGUCAGCGAAGGACUCAAGAAGCUCUACAAAACCAAACUGCUUCCACUGGAGGAGCACUACAAAUUCCACGAAUUUCACUCACCUGCUCUGGAGGAUGCAGAUUUUGACAAUAAGCCAAUGGUGCUCUUGGUGGGACAGUACUCCACCGGCAAAACCAGCUUCAUAAGAUAUCUCUUGGAGCAGGACUUCCCCGGUAUGCGGAUUGGCCCGGAACCCACGACUGACUCCUUCAUAGCAGUGAUGCAUGGCACCACGGAAGGACAAAUACCAGGAAACGCACUGGUUGUGGAUCCCAAAAAACCUUUUCGCAAGCUCAACGCCUUCGGCAAUGCCUUCCUAAACAGGUUUGUUUGUGCCCAGCUGCCCAACCCUGUUCUGGAGAGCAUCAGUGUGAUUGACACUCCAGGAAUCCUGAGUGGAGAGAAGCAACGCAUCAGCAGAGGCUAUGACUUCGCUGCUGUGUUGGAGUGGUUUGCCGAGCGCGUGGACCGCAUCAUUCUGCUGUUCGACGCCCACAAGCUGGACAUCUCGGAUGAAUUCUCCGAGGUCAUCAAGGCCCUCAAAAACCACGAGGACAAGAUCCGCGUGGUGCUCAACAAAGCUGACCAGAUCGAGACGCAGCAGCUGAUGCGCGUGUAUGGCGCACUCAUGUGGUCGCUGGGGAAGAUAGUCAACACGCCCGAGGUGAUCCGGGUCUACAUUGGCUCCUUCUGGUCGCAUCCGUUGCUGAUUCCUGACAAUCGGAAGCUGUUUGAGGCAGAAGAACAAGACCUGUUUAAGGAUAUUCAGUCACUGCCUCGGAAUGCUGCCCUACGCAAGCUGAACGAUCUUAUCAAGAGAGCUCGACUUGCAAAGGUUCAUGCGUACAUCAUCAGUUCUAUGAAGAAAGAGAUGCCUUCGGUCUUCGGAAAGGACAACAAAAAGAAGGAACUGAUUAACAGCUUGGGUGAGAUCUACACCCGCAUUGAGAGGGAACACCAGAUCUCCCCGGGAGACUUUCCAAACCUCAAGAGAAUGCAGGACCAGCUUCAGGCCCAUGAUCUAAACAAGUUCCAGCCUUUGAAAAUGAAGCUGCUUGACAGCGUGGAUGACAUGUUGGCCCACGACAUCGCCCAGCUCAUGGUGCUGGUGCGUCAGGAGGAAGCACAAAGGCCCAACCAGGUCGUGAAGGGCGGCGCCUUCGAGGGCACCCUGAAUGGGCCGUUCGGUCACGGAUACGGUGAGGGGGCGGGCGAGGGCAUCGAUGAAGUCGAGUGGGUGGUGGCACGUGACAAACCCAUGUACGAUGAAAUCUUCUAUACUCUCUCACCCGUCAAUGGCAAAGUGACCGGAGCUAAUGCCAAGAGGGAGAUGGUGAAGUCCAAGCUGCCCAACACGGUGCUUGGAAAGAUCUGGAAGCUGGCUGACAUCGAUAAGGAUGGUAUGCUUGACGACGAGGAGUUUGCUUUGGCCAAUCACCUGAUCAAGGUGAAACUGGAAGGUCAUGAACUUCCGGGUGAACUGCCGUCUCAUCUGGUUCCACCUUCCAUGAGAAAAGUUCCAGAGUAAAAUGUAGCGUGACUGAAUUUAUGGAUGGAUUAUGGAAAACAGAUGUGGUGAAUACAGGUUGCAGUUCAUUUUAAGGAAUUCUAGAAGACAUCAUUAUUAGAAAGAAGGAAAAGCAAGGACUCUGUUCAAAUAUGUGAUGAUGGUUUAGUAAGACUGGACUGAAUUUGAAAAUGAUCCAUCAAUUCUUUUGACCUGUGUAUAUUUUUUGACCUGUGUCAGCCGUUUAAAGGUUCAUUUCAGGAAUAGUUGACGAAAUGAAAAUGCUGUUGUUAUUUACACUACACAUCCUCAAGUUAUUCUAACCCAAUGUUACUUUCAUCAAAACAAAACAAACUAUAAAGAACAUUUACACAGCUUUUUUACCAUGCAACAAGAGUUUGUCAAGCAUUGUAAAAAAAAAUCACAUUGUCAGUUCUACGUACACAGUUUCCGCCAAAUUCUAAGUGUGUCCAAGAAACGGAUCAGUAAACAAAUUAUUUUAACACGGUUCUUUUCAAUGAAUUGGUGAUCUGGUUCACAGAUUUGACUGAAUGCAAUGAAUUAGAGGUUGACUCACUGACCCGUGACCGCUAUGAACUGUACUUGUACAGAAAUAAGCUGCUUGAAGAUUUGUCCAGAACAAAAAAAUGAGGAAAGUCUUAUGGGUUUGGAAUAACAUAUGGAGUACCUUAAUAAUUGUACUGUAUGUGGUCCUGGAUUUUAAAGACACUCACUCAUCUGUUCAUCUCAUAUGACACUAGAGCUUCAUUCCUCCCUGUUUUUAUUGUCAUUCAUUGUGCAUUGAUUUGUGUGUCUGUUGGGGAAUACUGAACAGAAAUGCACAGAUGAUCGGAUGUGAUGAGAGGCGAAAUUCCUUUUAUAACUAAAUGUAACUGUUUUCUCUUCCUGUGAAGGCAGCAUUUUAACAAAUGCGAGUCCUUUCUAGCCUGACGAAGAAACUGUUAAAAUGUAUAGAUGUCAAGUCAGUAUGUGUUUUGAUUGACCUGUAGAACUAGUUUGUUAUAAGUCUGUAUAUGUAAACAUGUAAACUAACUUGGGUUUAGGAUACUUCUGGUUUUGAUUUCCAAAGAAGGAUUAUAAAAAAAAUUACGAUGCAAUUUAGCGAUUACUGUGCAUUAUCAUUGAAACAGCAGCAGUUUAGCAUCCAAAUAUGUAUUUAGUCAUAUUAGUUUAUUACAUAUUUCCUCAAAGUAAUCGUAUGAGCGUUUAGGGAUUAACUGAACUCUUUCCCUAUUCAUCCAGAGAUGUCCCGUUUAUUCCUGCAGAUUUUUAAGAUCUGUUAAAUUGAACGGAUGAGGUUCAUGCACUGACGCUUGUAACUCACCUAAAUGGCAAAAUCUGAUCCGCCUUGAUUUAUUGACUCAUAUAUGAAAUAUAUUCACUGACCCAAAUCAAAUUCACUUUCCGGGAAAACAGUUGUCGUUUGGUUUGGGCACAGGUAAAAUUACUUAAUUAAAUAUGGUAACGAAAAUCAUCUCCUCCUCCACAAGCUCAAAGUUAUCAAAAGCAGAAUUCAACCAAUAAGCUGCCUCUGUGCCUUUGUACACGCCCACCGUAAUCAGAUUUUUUUGGCACUGCACAUGUGUAGAAUUGUAUGUAGCAGCACAUUGUAUUGUUCUACAAUAUAUAUCUUCUUGACAUGCUCUAAAAAUGACACUAUUCAAAGACUAGUUGAUGUUGCGAGUUGAUGUUGAGUCUCUAAAGAAAAAAAUCCAAAAUUGCACAAGUUUCUUCUUUUUACCAUAAUGUAGAUUGUGCAUUUGUGUGUUUGACCAAGUAUGUACGCAUACAUGUAAAUGGGGUGCAAUAUGGUUUGCAAGUAUAGUAAAUAAGUGUUUGUGUGCUUGCGCUAUAAGCACAGAUGCUGCGUUGCUCAUUGUGUGAUUUAUCCAAACCACGUGAACACUGCUGUUCAGAGAGGUGGACAUUAUUCAAACAAAUAAAAUCUAACUCAUUUAAAAGGGU